AUGCUGUUACCAACUGCUAAAUAUUGCGGAUCCGACGCUGAAACGGUAAAGUUCGAGGUUAAUCCGGCUGAUGCCCGUUACCAGACGACCGACGGCAGAACCACCGGUGCCAGCCCAUAUGUGCUGAACGCGGGGCAAGUGGAUAGAGACAGGCCUUCAGAGCCCAGGAGAGACGCCAACGGCAAGAUCACCGCCUUGGGAGAGCUCAGGACCAGACUCACCGGGCUGCAAGACGAUAUCAAUGAAUUCCUGACCCAGCGGAUGGAAUUGGCCAAAGGGAAGAAGCCAAAACUACAAGGUAAUCAGGCCAAACAGGAAGAACGAAUUGAGAACGAGAUCAAGGAGCUUCUGGACGGUGGAGAUGGCGAAGAUGAUGCUGAUGGCUUAUAG